CUCCCUGCGAAGGUCUCUGUAAUCCAAGGUAUUUAUGAGUAGCUAUUUUUAGAAGCACGCUUGUUCAACGGCCUUUACACCCCGACAAUCGCUAACUCCCAAGCCGCGUAGGAGUGGCUUCACAAUGUUCGCUGCAACAAUCAUGUACUUGUAUGACGAUCUGUAUUAUAAACAUUCUACUGCCGACAGAGCGGCGUCACCCCGCCCGCCACUUCACAUUAACACGAUUCGACUGGCGUACCACCGAAUUUCUCGCGGUUUCCCGCUGACAUAACAUUGCAACAAAGUACUUUGGGCAAUCUGAACACAGCGGUUUUCCCUUAAAGCAGUGAAAAGCUUGUUUGAGACGUCUUCAGUUUGUCUGUCAGGAGUGCUGCUAGCGCUUCACCGUCUCAGCCACGUUGCGAACGCGGGUUGAUAACAAGGGCUUCCAAGACAAUUAGCUCACCUGCGCUGGGUAGAAAGCAAGCUCCGUCUCGCAAGGCGAUGCGCCUCACAGGGGGGGGAGGUUUGCCCUCCCGGCGACGGACUACUAGUCAAUCUGGAGCCGCAACAGUGACAUAUAGUCUCCGGAGCGCUUUGCUCUCGCCCGCGGCGUUGUGGGCCUUCAUCGGCGCCACAAUUGUUGUUCUCUUGUUCUCAUUCGGCGUGUCUCUUCACGGCAAGGACGCGCCGACAGCCAAAGUUCAGCCUCUCCGCUUGAGGCGGCUCCAGGGCGGUGGCGGCCUUCAAUCGCUCCUCUCGUCUGGGAGGACCGUCGGAGCGGCCGAGGCAGACACGCGCUUCGGCUCGAUUUAUCAUGACCAGCUCCUGGGAAAGUUCAAAUUGGACCAGGGUCGCGCCGGCGGUCUGGCGCAGGAGCUGGUGUCCACCCUCAAAGAGAUGGAGUCGCCCGACGGCGCGGCACUGACGGGCGUGCUGUUCUCCAGCCCCUGGUCCUGGUUCGAGCUGGAGCAGGGCGCCAUACGCUUCGACUACCUGGACUGGGUGGCGGAGGCAGCGUGCAGCAACACAGGGCUCAAGGUGGCCUUUCUCCUGGACGUGGUCCGUGCCCCUGCCUGGGUGUUCGCCAAGUGGCCGGACGCCCGCGCCGCGGACAGCCACGGCCGCAAGUACGAGCUGCUGUCGUGGUUCCACGAGGAAGCACGCAAGCAGGCGCUGCAGGUGGUGGCCGAGGUGACCAAGCACCUGGUGGAGACGCACCGGGACUGUGUGGUGGCUGUGCAGCCCGUGUUCAACAACGAGUACGAGGCCCGCUACACGCAGGAGCACGACUGCUACCAGGACUACUCCGCCCCCGCGCUGUCCGCGUUCCGCGGCUGGCUACGGUCGCGGCGGCCGCGCAUUGAGGACCUGAACAUGCGGUGGGGCACCACCUUUGCCAGCUGGGAGGAGCUGACGCCGCCGGUGCUGGAGGCAGGCAGCUUCCCGGGAGUGGACAUGAGCCCACGGUAUUGGGACUUCCUGCGCUGGCGCGAGCAGGCCGGUGCGGACGUGUUCAACGGCGCCUGCGCGGCGGUGCAGGCGGCGGGCGCGCUGUGCUUCCACCACGUGCCCGAGUUCUUCACGGUGCUCGACGCGGUGUACAGCGGCGGCAGCAUGCUCAAACACAUCGCCUCCAGCCCGCACACCGACUUCCUCAUCAUUGAUUCCGGCCUGCGCACCCCCUACGGCACCGUCAUGAACCCCACCAAGCUGCGCAUGUUCGUCGGCGCCGCGGUGUCGUACGGCAAGCCCGUACACUUCGAGGCUGCUGUACGGCAGGACAGCGGCGGCUCGUCCAAUGCCGCGUACGAGCUGUUGGGCUCCGCCUCCCGCAACGCGCUGAUGGCGGGCGCCCGCGGCCUGGGCGUCACUGGCUGGCUGGGAAAGCUACAGCCGGAUGCGCAGCUGGCGGCGGCGCUACAGCCGCCGCCGGUGGAGUGCCGCGGCAGCGGGGAGCUGGUGGGGGUGUUCAUCCACAUAGACUCAUGCAUGGCGUGGCACGGCCUGCAGUGGCAGUCGGCGCGCAAGGACCCCCUGCAUGACUUUGUCCAGGACCUGGCUGACACGCUGUCCGCCCGCUGCACCACCGACCUGGUGGUGCACGUGGAGCUGGAGCGCUUCGCCGCCGACCUGCUCGGCAGUAGCACUGGCGGGGCCGGCAGUAGCCGCAGCGGCGGGCGGCGGUUCGACCGGGUUGUGUUCGUGGAGCCGCUGGUGCUCACUGCCAAGGAGCUGGACACGUACGCACUGGUGAAGGCCGCCGUGGCCUCGCUGCCGCCCUCGCGCGCCGUGGUCAUGCGGCUGCCCGCAAACAACACGGCGGGUGUGCAGCUGCAGGUGCACGAGGAGCUCUAGCCAACUGGGCCCUGACCAGCACCUUGCCUGUGCCCCUGCUGGCGCAAUGGCAAGGACCAAAAAUGAUCCUGAUGAAUCUUGGGGGCCGCCAGUCGAAGCACAGACGGCACUGAUUGAUUUGCCUAACGUCGGCUUUGCAUCCGUCUUUUAGCGGUGAGGACACGAACUCAACCUUGACUGAAUGGAGGGGAGAGGGCGUGAGUGCGCUCAAACUUUGUGGUCGCUUUGCAUGCUCACAUGUUGACCUACUGUGUGGCGACUGACGAGUGACAUUGUGCAGCAAUGCAACGCAAGGCCCGGGGGUUUCAUAACACGCAUAUUGCCGUUAACUCAUUACAGAGGUCCCAGUUUCAACAAUUCUUUUGAAGCCUGACUGUUGCCUCGAUCAUGUCCUGGGAUGCACUUGACAUUGUGUGUGUGAUUAUUGCACGGGGGAUUUCGCAUCGGCGCUUUGCCGUAGAUAAGGCGUGUUUUGUCGCAAGCGCGAGUGUGGCAGGCACGCGCGCGUGGUUGCCUGCGAUAGCUUGCACGAUGCCGGAUGCAUGCGUGCUGUCGCAUCGUGUUUGUGCGGGCGUACCAAGCCGUCACUUUGAGCAGAGUAAUGCACAGGCCUGAGGUACAUUAUGAGUGCACUUGACGCAUGGACUGAUGACAAGAUGGGUCCGCCUGCACGCACAUGCGCGUGCAGCUCAUGCCACGCAACGGCGGCGGGUGACGCCCGCUGGAGUCCACCGCCGCCUCCACCUCUAUCCUCAUGUGUGCUUCCUUGGUCGUCAGGAUAGACGGAAAGAACCCCAAAGCCCCGGACGUUUCGACAUAUUACGGUACAUUUAAGUUUGCGCCUAGUGCAGUGUAGUUCGUUCCCGCUUUGUUGGUUCGUAAGGUAGUGCAGCGUUAGAGGCUAUCGAGCUGGUCUGGUUCGUUAGAGUGGGCACAGGAGUGGACAUAAAUUCUGGUACCUCAGGAUACAGUACCAUACGUGUGCAGUGACGGUGGCAAUGUUUGCGUGAUGGCGAGCAAGAGUGUGCAGUGACGGUGGCAAUGCUUGUGUGAUGGCGAGGAAGACCUGAAGCGUCUUGAAUGAUUAGGCCUUGCGUGUGGCCGUGCGCACAUGCGGGUUUUGAGCCUUUCAAUGGGCAGGUGUUGCUGUAUGCGCGGUACGGUGCUGCUAGCGGGCCAGGCUCUUUUCCGCGCUCGAAGGUAGGUGCGGCGGCAAGGGCCUGGCGAGCUAAUCGCCCGUGGCAAUUAGGGUGCGAUGCAUGGAUCCCCGACUGGAGAUGAGAGGGCAUUCGACCAGGCAGCCCACAAAUAAACGGGGGGGGGCGUUGUUGUGUACGGUACCACGGCCAGACAACCGCUAUCCCGCUUCCGGCACGUACCAGCGCUCUGGUCUACGUACGCAUUAGUUCCGCAACACUCGUCAAUAACGUACGUGUUACGGUAUUACUUUUACGUAGGGCAUCCACACAUGCGGCAGUGUGACGCCUCCGUCGGGAGGAGCUGAUGCGGCCCCCAUGCUUUACGCCAAUUCGUUGGCGAAUUGUAAUUUGAGACUACC